UUUUUUUUCCUUCUUUUUUUUACCUGGUGUCUCUUGUCAGGCAAUUUUAGGUAAUGAGGGACAGGGGUUGCCUUUUCCACUGCUUGUAAACAGCGGGGACGUGGGGCCACCAUUCCCACCUGGAGUCUCCCGGUGCCACUCCAAGCUCGGCUAAUAAUUAACCCCGGGAAAAGCACCUCGAGGUAACACCGACAGAUGGCUCUGAUUGGAAUCGCUGUGUUAAUAAUUCCUGUUCCUUUGCUGGUCCAGCUGGCCCUGCUGAAGAUGAGGGUGGUGCUCCUGCUGCUCCUGGUGUCCGUGGGGAACGUCGGAGCCGAGCUGGAGAAGGGCCCCCCCAGGCGCCUGUCGUGCGUGCGCUGCUGCGGCCCCUCGGAGCAGCCCGUGUCCAUCCUCUCCUCCAGGCACACCAGGAUGAGCAGCAGCCCCUACUCUGUGCCCAAAGUCCAGCCCACCAUAGACAUCACCAUCCUCAAAGGGGAGAAGGGCGAGAUGGGAGAGAAGGGAUUCCCUGGAGCAGCUGGCAAGGCUGGAGAGAGAGGAUUACGCGGCCUGAAUGGCAGGAAGGGCCAGAAAGGGCAGCCCGGCCCUCAGGGCCACUCCUGCAAGCAGCUCUUCGCCGCCUUCUCGGUGGGCCGGAGGAAACCCCUGCACAGCUCCGACUACUUCCAGCUCGUCACCUUCGACACCGAGUUCGUGAACCUCUACCAGCACUUCAACAUGUUCACAGGGAAGUUCUUCUGCUACGUGCCGGGCAUCUACUACUUCAGCCUCAACGUGCACACGUGGAACUACAAGGAGACCUACGUGCACGUGAUGAGGAACGAGCAGGAGGUGGCCAUCCUGUACGCCCAGCCCAGCGAGCGCAGCAUCAUGCAGAGCCAGAGCCUCAUGCUGGACCUGCAGGAGGGCGACGAGGUCUGGGUCAGGAUGUUCAAGAGGGAGAGGGAAAACGCCAUUUACAGCGAGGAGUCCGAUGUCUACAUCAUCUUCAACGGGCACCUCGUCAAACCGGCCGUGGAGUAGCCGCUCGCCGGCUCCGGGCCCGAGGCUUUGGUAGAUCCAGUAGAGUCUUCCCUCGUAGAAGUGCACAUCUAGUUCCACUUGGAAGGGUUAUAGAUCUGGAAGGGUUGUCUGUCCAUGCCCAGUGAGGGUGGAGGUGGCUGUUCCAAGGUGCUACGAGCUGCACGAGCACCCACAAGGCUUCAACUCCAGCUUUGCAACCCUGUGUAGGCCCCCAGUAACACCCCUACCAAGCUGGCACCAAGAAUUUAACUGCUUUCUCUGCUUUACAGAAGAAAUUUUAAUUAUACCUAAGGACCAGUUAUCUGGGUGCUAAUUAAGGAAUGCCAUUCUUCCUGCUAUUGGGAAUCUUUGAAUUGUCCAGGAAGGGUUAUAGAUCUAUAAGGGUUGUCUUUCCAUGUCCAGUGGGGGUGGAGGUGGCUGUUCCAAGGUGCUAUGAGCUGCACAAGCACCCACAAGGUUUCAACUCCAGCUUUGCAACCCUGUGUAGACCCCCAGUAACACCCCUGGAGGCUUUGCCAAGCUGACAGCAAAAAUUUAACUCCUUCGCUCUGCUAGAGAGAAAAAAAUUUAAUUAUACCUAAGGGCCUGGGUGCUAAUUGAGGACUGUAAUUCUUCCUGCUAUUUGGGAAUUUUUGCAUAGUCCAGGAAGGAUUAUAGAUCUAUAAGGGUUGUCUUUCCAUGCCCAGUGAGGGUGGAGGUGACUGUUCCAAGGUGCUAUGAGCUGCACAAGCACCCACAAGGUUUCAAUUCCAGCUUUGCAACCCUGUCUAGACCCCUAGUAAACCCACGAGACCCAGUAAUAUCCCUCCUAAGCUGGCAGCAAAAAUUUAACUCCUUUGCUCUCCUUUAGAGAAGAAAUUUUAAUUAUAUCUGAGGUGCUAAUGGGUGCUAGUUAAGGAAUGUCAUUCUUCCUGCUAUUUGGGAAUCUUUAAAUUGUCCAGGAAGGGUUAUAGAUCUAUAAGGGUUGUCUGUCCAUGCCCAGUGAGGGUGGAGGUGGCUGUUCCAAGGUGCUACGAGCUGCACAAGCACCCACAAGGCUUCAACUCCAGCUUUGCAACCCUGUGUAGACCCCCAGUAACAUCAACCCUAAAUUCCAGUUUUGUUCCAUUUCGUGCAAUAUUUCGUUCUGAGAGCACAAUUCCAGAAUUAAAUAGCGGCUUCUCCACCUGGGAAAGCUUUUCCAGAGGCACAGAGCUGGAAGAGCCACAGCUACCCGUCUGUACUAAUACCUGCAUUCCUUAUAAGAACAUCCAGCACGGCUGGGAAUGUGUGUUUCCCAUUUGAAAAUGCUGGGAUGGUUGGAAUUUGCUGAGCUGGAAUUCCAUGGCUGGAAAUUGCCAUCUCAUAGCACCGUCAUUGCUGGAAAAUGGAGAGGAAAACUGUGAAGAAAAGGGGCCUUUUCUGCAAAAAAAAAAAAAAAAAAAUCAGUGAUAUUUGAUAUUUUAGGAGAUUUGGGUUCUUUUUUUUGCCUAAAAAAUUUUUGAUAGAACAGUGGAAAGGUAAAUGCAACAAAACCCAUCUUUUUAUCCCAUUCCUCCUUUCCCACUCCCUCAGUUCCUCAUCCUGAACUGUUUGUGUGAAGGAUACAGGAAGAGUCCUUGCCAGGCAAACUCCUUCCCACAGCUGUUGGGAAAAGUAGCUGAAAUAAAGGUAUUGCUUUGA